AUGGAAUAUAAAAUAUUAGAGAUUAUCAAAAAUAUAUUUUUUUCUUUUUCAUCUUUUUUCUCUUUUCAUCUUCUUUUCAUCUUUUUCAUCUUUUCAUCUUUUCAUCUUCUUUUCAUCUUCUUUUCAUCUUUUUCAUCUUUUCAUCUUUUCAUCUUCUUUUCAUCUUCUUUUCAUCUUCUUUUCAUCUUUUCAUCUUCUUUUCAUCUUUUUUCUUUUCUUUUUUUCUUUUUAUGUUUUUCUUUUUAUGUUUUUCUUUUUCUUUUUUUUUAUGUUUUUCUUUUUCUUUUUAUCUUUUUUGUUUUUUUUAUUUCUUUUUUUCAUUUUUUUUUUCUUUUCUUCUUUUCAUCUUCUUUUCAUCUUUUUUCUUUUUUUUUCUUUUUAUGUUUUUCUUUUUCUUUUCAUCUUUUUUGUUUUUUUAUUUCUUUUUUUCAUUUCUUUUUUCUUUUCAUCCUUUUUCUUUUCUUUUCAUCCUUUUUUUCUUUUCAUCCUUUUUUUCUUUUCAUCCUUUUUUUCUUUUCAUCCUUUUUUUUUUUUUUCUUUUCAUCUUUUGGAGAUAAAAUUUCUUUCUUUUUCAUCCUUUCCAGUCUUACACUUGCUAUUCUCAUUUCUGCUCAAUAUGACUUCCUCUGCCCCUUAACUUUAAGUGCUUAA